AUGGCAGAUGGUGAACCUGGUAUGGAGGAACUCAUGGACAAGCGGGCCCCCUGUUCACCCGGGACAGAAGUCUUGUUGAGCAUGAGGAUCCGCACAGGGCAAAAACCUCACAAAUGCCCCGAGUGUGGCAAGACCUUCAACCGCAGCUCAGUCCUGCUGAGGCACCAAAGAAUCUACAAAUGCCUGAAAUCUGGCUUUGAUGAGAGUGCGAGGCUCCAGGUACGCCAGAGGACGCAUGGGACAGAGAUGGCCCACCUCUUUGACAGCAACGGGGAAGCCACAGCUGUUGCGACCACCAGAAUGGCUCACAGCUGCCCUAACUGCAGUGAGACGUUUAGCUUUAAUCUGAUUAAACACCAAAGAAUCCAUACAGGAGAGAAGCCCUACAGAAGUGUCCAGUGUGGGAUCAAUUUCAGUGAGGCUUCUAACCUGAUCCAGCGCCAGAGGUACCAUGCCUGGGAAAAACCUUAUAAAUGCUCCAUGUGUCAGAAAAGUUUUGGCCAGAGUUCCCAUCUCAGCACCAGAAGGUCUACACUGGAGAACGGCCUCACCAAUGCCCUGUUUGUGGGAAGAGCUUCACUGAGACCUCAACUCUGA